AAAUAAUGUGAAAUAAAAAAGGGGAAUUUCCUGCUCCUGUUUGUCUGGGAUUCCCCUUGAAGUAUUUAAGGCCGGAAUCCGUUCCCCAUCUCUUGCAUUCUCUGGCCGUCUCCUCUUAGUAACUUCGAAAAGUUCCACCACCGAAGUUACUUUUCGGAUAUAACUCUGAAGUUACUUUCCGGGCAGCUUUGGAAAAGCAUCCCUUCCAAGGCCGUGAGAUGGAGGCUGGGGGUCCCUGGCUGGGGAAGAAGAGCUACCUGGAGCUGCUUCAGAGCGAACUGGACGACUGGGUUUUGUCCCAAGAGGUGGAAGCGGCAGAGGAGAUUCCCGCAGGGCCAUCUGCUGAUACUCUCAAUGACGCCGAUGUCUUUUACACAGUGGAAGGGGAAGAAGUUUGCCAAUGUUCAGACACCGGAGAGGCUUAUGAUAAAAUUGCGGCUUUGGCCGAAUAUUUGCUCAAAGACCAACAAGAGAAACCGGUGGAGGAGCUUUUCGGAAGCCUGGCUGUGGAGGAAGCCUUUGCCGAAGGUCCCAAGGGUCAAGCAGAAGGAAAAAAGAGGCGGAACAGAUCCGAAGCGCCGAAGGCCAAACGCCGUAAAGCGGGUCCAGAUGCCUGUCUCUCGAAGGAUCCCGUCUCCAACCUCCUUCAGCCCGAUUUCCAUGUCCAGUUUCUGGUGACCACCAUUGGACCAGAUAGGGAACCUGCAAAGGCCCCAGGGCCUUCCGGGAAUCCUCACCUGGAGUAUUGCCUUCUCAGCCCCAAAGAUAUCCAGGUUAUCUUGACCUUCGAGCCCAUCGUCCAGCAAGUCGCUUGGCCAUCCAAGCUUGGGGUUACCGAUAGCAACAGCUGCCCAGGUGAAGGAGUCCCCUCCGAAGCAGACAACCAAAACAGCUGCCCAGAUCCAUCCUUGGAGCAAACUCCCAAAAGACCAGAUCCAGUGGAGACCUUCUGUGCAGAGCUGAGGCACCUCUACGCUCAAGGAGACCCCUCUCUGGACCCCUUUUACACGGAAACCAUUUUCUCCGAACUUCCCUUGGAGACAAAGUGGGGCGGCAGCUGUGAUCCCGGCAACCUGGAACAGAAGCCCAAGAAAACCCUAUUUCCGUGGAAAGAGAUCUUCCAGAUCCCGGUGUUGACAGUGGGGAAGGAGCCCAACACUAGGGUCAUUGUAGUCCUGGGGAAGUCUGGAGCAGGAAAGACCUCUUUGUCCCGAAAGCUUGCCUCGGAGUGGUCCUUUGGCGAGUGGCCCGAGUUCGAAUUCCUCUUCCGAUUCGAUUGCCGGAAGCUGAAGUUUCAUAGUGCCCGAAACCUCCAGGAGCUGCUCUUGGGGCACUCUGCGCUUGCUCCGGAGCAGCUCCGGGAAGUCUACAACUACAUUUUGCAAAACCCAAAGAAGCUCCUUUUUAUUUUUGACGGUUUCGAGAAGGAGCAAGAAGGCCCCGUCGGAGCGGCUUUGGCCCCUCUUUUCCAGAAGAAGACCCUCAACGGCUGCACUUUGCUUCUUCUGUCGCGUCCCAAAGACAAGCCGCAGCAACACGUCCCCAAGCCGGACAAAAUCCUGGAAAUUACGGGGUUUUCCUCGCAGCAAAUUGAAACGUACCUCGGUCGGUAUUUUGAGUCAUUCCCUUCCGGCGGAGGAGGACAGGACUUCAUCCGCCGCUCUCCCUAUUUGUUCAGCCAUUGCUCCCACCCCGAAAUGUGCCAUCUAAUUUGCGACUCGGUUUCCCGAACGUUUGACAAAGAACCUCCUUCGACGAAGUCGAUCACUAAACUCAUUGCAAAGUCACUUCUCAAAAAAACUAAUUUGAAGCACCAAAGUCUUACCAACUUGGCCCAAACGGCUUGGGAUUUGGCACAAAGUGGGCAAAGCACCUUCUCUUCCAUUUGUUUUGAAUCCAAAGACGUGCAAGAGUUUGCUUUGGAUCGUCGAAUCGUGGUCCCUUUGCCGGAAGAUCCCGUUUCCAAGAUGGAGGGAUGCGAAACGUUUGCCUUUUUCAGCUUCGCCGUGCAGAAUUUCUUCCUGGCUUUGCAUCUAGUCCUGGCCAAAGAGAUCAAGGACAAGAAGCUCACCAAAUAUCUCAAUUUGUUCCCCAAAGCCAAGAAAUCCCUCCGAUCGUCCUGGGAUUUCGUGCCUUGUUUCCUAUCCGGCCUCCUCUUCUCCGACGAAACGUUCGGAGAAGAUUCAGAGAAAUUGGUCUCCAAGAAGCGGAAGAACUUCUCCAAAUACAUCCGGAAGCUUCCGAUUCAGUGUUUCACUCCAGAACAACUCCUCAAACUCUUCCAUUGUGUCCGCGAGACGGAGGACGAGUAUCUCUUGCGGCAUUUGGCGCUGCAGCUGCGGCCCGAAAUCUCCUUUUCGGGCCUUUCUUUGGCUCCGUCGGAUGUCUGCGUUUUGGGAUCUGUCCUGAAAAGCGCAGCAAAAGGGAUCACUUUGGAUUUCAGAGGGAGCUCCAUCCAUUUGGAAGGACUUGUAGAACUGUUCGGCACAGAGAACGUCUCGGGGGUCAGGGCGUCCCUGGGACAGACGGUCCCGCUUUGGAGGCACUUGUGGGAAAGCGGGGAAGAAGGGCGGCUACGAUCGGCCAUGAAGAAGGCUUCUACCCUCCCCUUCAAGGCUCAGACCAUGAAGGACCUCCAGGAUCUCUCCGCUUUGGUGCAGUUGCAGCAGGAAAUGUCCGCAGGCGGAUGCAAGGCCCAAUGCAUUCCAGCCAUUGCAGACCUCCAGAAAGUCGAAUUCACGCUGGGGCCCCUCUAUGGCUUAAAGGGAUUCCGGAAACUGGUCCCAAUCCUGGAGGCCUUUCCAUCUCUUCGGCAUUUGGACUUGGAUUCUCCAAAAGAGAACGAAAUCGGAGACGAAGGGAUCUUGGCUUUUCGGGAAGUCCUUCCUCGGUUGCGCUCCUUGGAAACAUUAAAUUUGUCCCGGAAUAAGAUCAUGGACCGAGGAGCCGUGGCACUCUCCGCUGCUCUCCCAGACCUGCCUGCCUUGAAGACUCUGAGCCUUUACAAAAACAGCAUCGGGGACGCCGGGGCAGGAAAGUUGGCAGAAACGCUUCCCCGGAUACAUUCGUUGAAAGUCUUGGACAUCCAUUGCAACAAGAUCACGGCAUCCGGAGCUCAGCGCCUGACGGAGGCCUUGAAGAAUUGCCCCUGGGUCCAAAGCCUGGCGCUGUGGAGUCCCACCAUCCCCCACGGCGUUCUGGAUCAUUUGCAGCAGCUGGAUCCCCGGAUCAGGCUCCUCUAAAGCAAGGCAAGGCUUUACUCAUUGGGAUUUACAUGUUCAGGAGGAGAAGGGCUCCGCAAAGCACCUCCAAAGCAGAUCCCUUGAGAGGCCGGCCGGACCUGGGUUCAAAUCCCUGCUUGGCCAUUGGGUCACACUCUCUCAACCUCAGAGGGAGGAAGGCAAGAAACUUCACCAAGAAGUUUAAUCCUAAGGGAUGGAAUUAGAAGCAGGUAGCGACAGAUCGGGGUUUGCAUCGCCGCUCAGCAGCAUUUUUGGAAAAUCUCUUUGCAACCUUUUAAAGGAGAAAGAUUGAAGAUUGAAGAUUGAUAUUUCGGAAAUGAGACAAUUUAGUACAUCUAAACAUCCCAGAAAUGCUUGCGUGAGACGUAAUAUUUCUGAAUUGCAACUGAAAAUAUUGCAAAAAUAAAUACAUUUCCAAAUUGCAACCUUUUGGGAAACUGUAACUAUUGCAGAAAUAAAUACAUUUGCGAAUUGCAA